UAGCAAUGCCCACAGACUCGGUCGAACCUCAGCCAAGGAUAAUAAAAGAUCCGCUAGAUCUCCUCGGGCUGAAGGGAAUACUCGGGCUCACGGGAUCGGAGCAGGCGAUAGAGGCCGCGCCAGACCUACCAACUACGCUGAAGUGCAAGAAAAUGGUGAGGAUGCUGAGGAAACAGCCAGUGGUGAGAACAGGUUGAGCAAGUUGCCUUCACUCCUGGUGCCAUUUACUUCCGAGCAAGCGGCUCAACAAGGAGAAUUUGAUCUAUUGAGGCCAGAUUCGGCGUUAUUCCGACCACUCAUGCUCCCCAGCGCCGUGAAGCGUAAAGACAACGAGUUCACUUUGACAUACCCUGCUUUGGAACUCCUCGCACUCGACAAUGACGAUCCACAUCGUAUCUUUCACUACUCCUAUGAUGUAUCGCAAAACGAUGGGCAAACUUGGUGGCUGCAUCCAGCACUGCGUCUGCGGGAAUUACCGGCUGUAUGCCUGGACAUCAGCAGCAUCCGACCUGCUCUGGCCUUCAGCCACGCACGCCAACAAGUCUACCUGUUCGGUUUUGGCAGCCAUCCCAACUGCUCUUUGGUGCAAAGCUGGAAAAUUGUGGAAGAAAACUUCGAGUUGCUGAACGCUGUAGGGGGUGAGAAAGUGCCACGUCGAUUUCACACUCUAGUGGCAGUAGAUCAGGACUCGACGAAGCGCACGGAUCUACUGGUGUUUGGUGGUAGAACUAGAUGUGCUAAUCGCACAAAGUAUGCACCACCGUGUCGCUAUGGUUGGGUAUAUUCUGACCAAGUAUGGAGACUGCGUAUAGUGAACGCUGCUGCUGGAGAACAGGAGGAGCAACCAGAGUGGGAACUGCUACAUCCACCAGGACACACACAGGUCGUGAUGACAAAUGGGUCUGAUCAGGAAGCAGUGCGGCCACAAGGUAGAGUGUCACCGUUGGUUGUGUCGGUGAAUGAAACAACACUGUUGAUGUACAGCGGAACUACUCGAGUCCAAGAUGGAUACACAGCACUCUGUGAUUUGUGGAUGUUUGAAGUAGCUACACGGAAGUGGACAGAACUGCCCGCUCCGCCACAGCGCUGUCUGGAACGUGCCUGCCACUCUUGUCUUCCACAGCGACCUUUGGGCAGCUAUGACAUGGAGAAUCAACAGCUAAUCGUUGUCCAAGAACGUAUCGUUGUGGUGGCUGCCAUCUUUACUAUAUUGGAAGGACUUGAUGUGUGGGUAUUUGACAUGUCAAGCUUAUGCUGGUCUUUUCAUGGAUCCACACUGCGCAGUAAGCAGUCCUUAAAGAGGCAACGCUAUGCGAAUGGCAUUGAAAAGUACACACGGAUGGAGGUGACUGUGCAUGAUCACCGUGUGAUUGUCACGGACGCAUACCGCAUUCAAAGUGAAGAGCUUGUGUUCACGAUCACGUCCAAGAUGAAUCAGACUUGUGUACAUGGUAACACUAGUGCUGUUACGACGUCUCCGGACGCUGCUGUUGAUAUCAAUCCGCUUACAGCCUAUGAGGAUCAAGCCUUCCAGUUUGGCGGGAAUUUCAGAUGUUGGUCACCUACACCUGUGGAAGCCAUAUUGCACACAGAAAGCCCUAGGUCAAAUGAGACUAGAGCACUGGUGUUGCUCGGUAGCCUAUGCUCGGGUAAGAAUGAUGAUAGUCGGGAUAUACGGUUGCCAAGGUACAGUGCCCUACCAGUAUGGUUCUACCUUCCCCAUAUGGGUGGCUACCUGAAGAAAAGCAUCCAGCAACAUGGCGCCGCACCACCGCCUCUUGUCCUGCACUCCGUGGUAAAACUGCACUCAGAAAGUGUCAGUAAAGCUGUUAUGAUCGGAGGCGCCCAAAUGUUGCAGGAGAACGUCUCAUAUGACGCAUGGUGCUUUGACCUGCACAAGCACUACUGGCAAAAAGCCAGCAUUGGAGAUAGGCACCUGGCGCCUCUACCUAGAGCAAGUACUGUCCUGGGACAAGCAGUAUUUACAGUGACUGAAGACAGUGAUAUGCCAGCUCUAAUAGCGUAUGGUGGUGCGCCUUUGGAUGAUACGCUGUCUACUAUGGAACAUCUGGCCACUGGAAAUAUUAGUGCUUUAGUCUUCACCAAUUUAUCUACAUGCCAUGGUCAAUGGCGGUCCCUGAACACAGGCAAACUAGGUCUGCCCACACUUGCUGGGCAUUCCGUAACAGUCACCGGAAGCAAUGAUAUUUAUGUCUAUGGCGAUGUCAGUGGACAAUUUGACAUGCAGAAAAAGCACGAAUGUGGCGACUUCUUCCGGCUGCACCUCCACGACCUUGGCACAGAACGCGGAACGGCAUCGUGCAGCGCCAUACAACACAGCGCACUGGCGUCAUUCCCACAAAACAGGUACGGACACACUUUGAGUGUUCUUUCAGAGCAUGCGUUUCUGCUGCUUGGUGGCCGUCAACUGGAUGCUGACUACCCUUGCUACAAUGCCUGCACUGCUCACUUCCUACAGUUCAACGACAGCAACCAAAGUGCCGUGGAUGUCCUGCCGUACUUCAGACACGUGCCUGUUUAUUUCCACCAAGUCUACGAGAACUAUAUGUUUGGUGGCCUUUCUACAAGAAACACCAAUCUACUAAGGACGAAAAAAUAUACUCCACUGUCAUACAUGUCAGCUUCAACAACCUGCACUGGACGAUUACUCGUUCAACAUACUUGUCCAAUUGGCUGGGGCAAUGGCGGUGACUUGACCAAGAAGUGUAGGCCAUGUCAGAACGGGUUCUACUCCGACACGCUCUCAGACGUUUGUCGCCGCUGUCCUGGGUUCCAAUUGACAAACUUCACAGACAACCAGGAGUCAUGCUUUGCGCAGAAUCCAUGUGCAAACGAUCAUUGUCAUCGAGGCAAAUGCCUCGUGGUGAACGGAUCCGCUGUUUGUUCAUGCCCUGUGGGCUAUGUGCAGUAUGAUAACUGCCAGUUACCACUCAUCUUCAUUGCCGCUGCUGUUGGAUCUGCAGUUGUGUUUGCUGCAGCCUUGCUCACUACUAUCCGUGCAUGCAUCAAGACAAAGAAAGAAUCCCAGAAGAAGGAUAAGGAGUUGCAGUCCAUGGAGCAGCGUCUCAGUGACAUUGAGAAACUCCUGCGCGAACUAGCUCGCAGUCGUAUCAUUGAACGCCAUGAGAUCAACUUGCUUCACCGCAUAGCCAAGACGGGAGCUUGCUUUAUCUGGCUGGCCAAGGUCUUCGACACCAGAGUAGUUGUCAAACUGCUACGAAACAUCAAGAUGGCAGAGACGAGAAAGGAGCAGUUCUAUCUGGAGGCAGAGGAGCUCCGACGUGUUCGACACCAAAAUGUGAUAAUGUUCCUGGGUGCCGGCACGGAUCCCAAAACGAAUCAGCCGUUCAUUGUGCUGGAGCAUGCUAGGAGAGGUUCACUGCAUGCAAUCCUCCACGAUCAUAGCAUCAGUGUUACGCCAGAUGACUCACUGCGCUUUGCCUUGCAGGCAGCACGGGGCUUGAAGUUUCUGCAUGGACUGGACCCUGCCCGCAUCCACUGUAAUCUGAAAACACCAAACCUGCUAGUGACGGAGAAAUGGGUGGUGAAAGUGGCUGAUUUUGGCAUGAUGGGUCUACUGUCCAGAGCAGAUGAGCAAGGUGGAACAUGUCAAGAUCGCAAUGAACUGGUUUCAGGAACUCAGGGAGCACUCUUCCCGAAUCCCGAGGAAGAGAGUGAGACUGACGAGAGUCAAGCACUCCUGCUGAUAUCACCAGUAAAACGUCAGCAGCUUAACGGCAGCGGUGUGUUGGGACGCUACGUGGAAAGUGCAUGGAGCGCUCCGGAAACACUGACUGACAUGAAGUUCAACUGUGCUACAGAUGUUUACAGCUAUGGCAUCGUCCUGUGGGAAAUAUUCAGUCGUCAGACACCAUACCCUGGCACUUCUGAUUUUGCAGAAAUCUGCAGCCAAGUGAUUGCCGGCCGUCGACCUGACCUGCCAGCACGCAUGCCGUACGACUAUCGAACUCUGGUGGAGAAAUGCUGGCAUAAAGACGUACAGGAGAGACCAUCGUUCCAGGCCAUCGUGAAAAGGCUGGAGGAUAUGGUCCAGCAGAAGUCCCUCAUGGAGUACUAGCACUGAAGCCGAGUGCAGUGCAGUGCAGUUCAAUACUGUCUGGUUAGAUUGCCGUGUGCAGUGAGGUACAGUGAGGUGCAGUGAGGUGCAGUGAGGUGCAGUGAGGUGCAGUGCUGGCUGGCUCAGUAGUAGAUUCACCCGUCAUAGGUAGGCCAGUGUAUUGGCGGUAUAUGUCCAGUGUGCCUAAGGCCCAAGGGAGCAGCAACAUUGCCACCAGCACUACCCACUAUCAUGUUGCUAGUACGAUGCUACUCCCUAGCUCUAUGGCCAUGCCUGUGCUAUCCUGACUGCAUCCUGACUGCAUCCUGACUGCAUCCUGACUGCAUCCUGACUGCAUCCUGACCUGCGUGACUACCUAAACUGUACAGUUCUGAUACAAGUCUAUGCCACUCAGAGUCUCUUUCUUGCUUUUUCCUCUAUUCACCACAUUUUGUGAAGUCCACUGGACUGAUUUUUUUUUUAAAUCCAUUUUCAUACUAAUUUUUCAUUCGCUUGCCGGCUGCUUGUCCUCUUGCAACUACCUACAUGGGUUUCCUGUUGAUGCAUCAGUUUAUCAGUUUUUGACAGCCAAUUAUUGUAUCAUGCAUACGAGUUUUCUCAUUCCCAACUUCAGAUCCUACUUCUCUCUCUCUCUCGCACACACAUCAAUCCACACUUUGUCAACACCUGGCCAUAGUCUUGGAAAGCUUGCUUCCCACCAAUUUGCAAUAUGCAUUACAGCAGGCAUGGAUUUUGUCAGCCCAAAACCUGAAUCAUGCUUUUCCUUUUAAAAUAGUUCAUUCACCAUUACAUUUUUA